CGCGCGCCCUCGCGUACAGAGCUCACUCGCCAGGUUUGUGGAUGUCGCAGAACGCGGAAGGAGGGCCGCCGGAGGUCACACUGGCGACCUCAAUGGGCUCUUUUACAGUUGAGAUGUACACCAAACACGCGCCGAGAACUUGCCGGAACUUCAUUGAGCUCGCUCGGAGUGGUUACUAUGACAACGUUAAGUUCCAUAGGAUCAUCAAGGAUUUCAUUGUGCAAGGUGGCGAUCCAACUGGUACCGGAAGAGGAGGACAAUCCAUUUACGGUUCGAAAUUUAAGGAUGAAAUUGACAAAGAAUUAAAACAUACUGGAGCAGGUAUUCUAUCCAUGGCUAAUGCAGGACCGAACUCAAAUGGAAGUCAAUUCUUCAUUACAUUAGCACCUGCACAAUCGCUGGAUGGCAAACAUACCAUAUUUGGAAGAGUCUGUCGAGGAAUGGAAAUUGUGAAGAGACUUGGCAGCGUUCAAACUGAUAACACAGAUAGACCUGUCCACGAUGUGAAGAUAUUAAAGGCAACCGUUAAAGAUUGAUGUCAUGCUGCACUACAAAAGGGCCGUCAAUCUUUUCUAAAAGACACCAUCUUUGGCCUGUGCUCAAAUUGCUUUAUUGCAGCCAAUUGAUAUAAUUUGACGGAUGGAAUGACUAGGCUUUAUGUUUGUUAUUUCACAGUUUUAAUGCAUGGGAAUUCCUUAUUAUUCCCCUCAAAAACAAGAUCCACUUAUAGAACGGACCAGGAAUCGACCAAGCCAAGUGAUCAGGUCAAGGGUUAUACAAAAGGCUAAAGAUAUGGAAUUCGAAAAAA